UAGCGUACGAUGGGUGAAAGUGGGUCAGUAGGGCCUCUUCAGAUAGGAAGGUUGUUUAGCGAAGAUGCCACAGUUUGCCGUGGGUCACCAGGCCGAAGACACUGACGGUGUGACCGUCAACCCUCAUUGGGAUGGAGACUUCUCAGAUGCUGAAGAUUUCAUUGAUGGCUUUCCUGACGCAGUUUUGCUUCUUGCUGGGCUAUCCUGCAUCCUGGAGGACUUACCAGCCUUUGUUCUUGCCGGGGCCACAGUACUGCCCGGACACUGGUAGGACAGUCUGCACCGCUGUCGACUACUACCCAACAGAUCAAAUCUUCCAUCUUCUCACGAGCUCCAGAUCUCAAGUAUUCAACCUCACUUCGCUUUUCGUAGACGAAAGAAAAGGAGAUGUUGAACCUAACAUUGCUCUGCUACCAACUCCACAACCUCAUUAUCAUGACGGAUACCAGCCUCCACCAGGAGGUCGUUUUUCGCCAAACGGAUAUAACAAUUGGAACACACCAACAAGUGACAAACCUGCAACAGGUUUCCAAGCAGACCGUUGGAGACAAGUUGGACAGAAUGGCAACCGACAGCUGGCUCCAGGAACACCAAGAAGUCCCUACAUGCCAGGAUCGGAACGGCAAUCUAGAGCGCAAGUUUUGAAUAACCAGAGACGGACUAUAAACAUGGGAAGGAGUCCUCCUUCCACUCAAAGACUUAAUUAUAAUGAGCGUUCUGGACCUAGUAGUCGUCCUGUUGCUGAAGAUAAUUAUAAUGUAUAUGGAAACCGUGGAGUAACACAGUAUAAUAGGAUAGAGCCUCAACAGAUCAUACCUUACGGAAAUCAAUUUGGACAGGAUAAUUUCACCCGAUUUCAUCAACAGGACAUACCGCCGCAAGAUCCUUACCAAAUACAACCACCUCAGACACAGUACAGUGUGAAAGGCCACAAUCCCUACACUGAUGUCACGAUGAGACCACAAACAAUAAGUAAUUGGAAAGGUUCUCCUUCUUACAACACAAAAACUGGGACUAGUGAACCUGUACAAAAUGGCGCAGAACAAAGAGACGGUCAGUUUUCCAGACUGCAAACUAUGGGAAGAAGGGAGAGGAGAAACGAAGAUGUGGAAGUCGCUUGUCAGGUACGGUCUACAUAUGUGCCUCCUAGAGCUGCUUUAAAUGAUAAUUCCGAGUGGAAGUACAUCGUCAACGUCCCCGAAAGGGAUAGAAGAUUUACGCAAUAUAUCAGAGUUGAUAUUUGUUUGAAUCCGGGUGACCCCUGUUCUUCACGCCUCUCUUUGCCAUUUGGAUUCGAAAGUCGCUGCAGACAAAAGUACAUAAAAAAGAAAUUAUUGUCUUUGAAUGCAGAUGGUCAAGGAACAUCGGAAGAUAAUUUUUUCAUUCCAUCCUGCUGUGUCUGUGAAAUAACGCGGCAAAACAAAAAGAAGUGAACAUAUCCACUGACAAUGGAAAGUAAAUAGAUAGUGCCAACUCGUGCAGUGACACCAAAAACACCCAUAAGUUAUGAAUUUCUUUUUUUACUUAAAAAAAAAAAAAAAGUAGAAUUCGUGUUGUUGAAAGUUCGUCCUGUAGUGAAUGAAAUUAUCAAGGAAGAAAUGUCCAUAAAGCAAGGUUAAAUUUAAGUGAAUACAUUCCAACAUGUUUCAAAGAAUUGUAGUGUUAAAAGGUCCAUUAUAUGUGUAUGAAUGUUAUAAUUGCUUGUUGUUUUGCACUUAUGGAAAUGUGUUGUAUAUAUUUCUAUUUCUUUUGUAGAACUUCUAGGUAUAAAAUAGAUAUAAAAAGUAACUACUAAUUUCAAAUGGAAUAUUUUUUUAAUUUUAAUAUUUAGAAACACCAAGCGCACACUCAUGACAAAUAUCACAUUAAAGAAGUCUGAAUUUGCAUAAAUAAAGCUCAACUCUUUUCACGCGAAUAAAUAACAAUAAAUUAAAUCUUCUCAUAUUUCAUUCAUUAUUUUUAUAAUGGCUAGUAAAAUCAUUGGUCAUUUCAGAUUUACAGUUAUAUGAUUGUUUAAAUAUGUAUUUCGAUACAUUAAUUAUGAGUUAAAGAUGAGCAGUUAAUGAAAAAAAAAAUAAUUAAUAUAUUUCUACGAAUAAAUUGGAAAUUA